GACAUUUCGAUUUCGUCGUUCAUCGGUCACUGUCACCACACCACACCAACGACCGAUAAACUUUCUCUUUCCAACUUUUUCUACUUUUGCGUAUAUCUCUUGGUCCAAGAAAAUUUAUUUACAAUUAGAGUUAAAAUUGACUGUUAUUUUUCAACAUGUCUCCUGUAAAGUUAUAUCAUUUUCCAUUAAGUGGUCCUUCGCGCGGUGCUUGUUUAGCGGCAAAAGUGAUUGGAGCGCCAAUAGAAAUUGAAAUUAUUGAUUUAUUCAAGAAAGAACAGCUCAAGGAAAGUUUUCUUAAAAUUAAUCCCCAACACUGCGUUCCUACACUGGAUGACGACGGUUUUGUACUAUGGGAAAGUCGUGCAAUUGCAUGCUAUUUGGCCGAUAAGUACGGGAACGACGACUCGUUAUAUCCAAAAGAUCUGAAACGUCGAGCAUUAGUGAAUCAAAGAUUAUAUUUUGAUAGUUCAUUUCUUUACGUGAAGAUAAGGGCGAUAUGUUAUCCAAUCCUUUACCAAGGUGUAAAGGAAAUAUCAAAAGUGUUAAAAGAUGAUUUGAAUGGUACAUUGGGUUUUCUUGAUAAGUUUUUAGAGGGAACAAAGUGGGUUGCAGGUGAUAACUGUACAAUUGCUGACACUUCUAUUUAUGCAUCAGUGUCUGCUAUAUUGGCUGUAGGAUGGGAUAUUUCACAAUUCCCUAAUAUACAAAGAUGGUUAAAACAAUGCGCAGACUUACCUGGUUAUACAGAAAGUGAAGAAGGAGCUAAAUUAUUUGGAGAAGCUGUAAAGAAGAAUCUUAAUCAAUGAAACUCUUUAAUCAUGUAUUUUAAAUGUAUAUUAUGCUGAAAUAAAUAUAUUUCUUUAAAUAAAUCUUUUAAAAAUAA